CACAUAACAAAGGCAACGGCUACAAUUCCGCUUCCCUUUUGCCAUCCUCUCACAUUCAUUGUCCCCUGCGACAAAUCUUACCCUUAUGUAAUAUCUCGCGCGUAAAUCGCUACUCUUCUCUCAAACCAUAAAUUACUGCUUAUUAUUUGUAUCCAACAAAAGCCCCCACAGCAAAAAUGAGGCGAAAAAAUUGCUGAUUUUCUCUCCUCCUCGGCAGUUUUUCGGCCUCCUCCAAAUGCCAUUUUUGCGGAUUUAAUUUCAGUUUUCAGGCGCCUAUUCUGGAAGUUUCAGCUAUGGAAGUUAACUGUACAAAUAGAGAGGACAAUAUUAUUGGAGAUCGAAAAUCAAACGUUGUCCCUUCAAUUUUUUCGUUUGCCCAAGUGGACAAGGCAUUGGUCUCAUUUCAGAAAAUAUAUACACAGAAAAAAUUGCAUGAGAAUUUAAGAAUGUGCCCCAAUGUUUAUAAUCAUGAUGGGAGCCCGGCCGUUGUGGCUGUUGACCGGGACAAGCACAGCACGUCGGCUGUAAAAUGGGCAAUAGAGCAUUUGCUCACCAACAAUGCGACUCUUGUCAUGGUUCAUGUCAAGACCAGAAACUUGCAUAACCACGGUUCGAAUGGUGGUCAUACGGAAGGUAACGGCGAAUCCAUGGAGGAGGUUUUUGCCCAUUUUCGUGCUUUUUGUGCGCGCAAAAGGAUAGCAAUGCAAGCAGUAAUCUUGGAAGGCACAGAUGUAUCAGGCACACUUUUAGACUACAUAAUCGGCCACCAUAUUACCAAUGUAGUACUUGGUGCCUCAUCAAGAAACCCAAUUUCAAGGAAAUUUUGGACACACGAUGUGCCGACUAUCAUAAACAAAACCGCCCCAGAUUUUUGCAAUGUGUACGUCGUGUCAAAAGGUAAAACACAGUCCGUUCGGCCAGCUGCCACCCGAGCAGCAAACCACUCGACCCCACCAAGGCUGCCGGCCCCACAUCUGUCCUCCGGAUCAUCCGUACGUUCCGCGCAUGGCGAGUCAGAGGAGUCUUGCAGUUUCAGGGCUUUUCUUGCGAGAGAGCAUCCAAAAACGGCUAGUUCCGAGACGAAUCUGACGAACGGAGGAGCAUUGGAUCAUCAAUAUCACGACACUUACAGUCGGGUGUCGAAAUUAUCGCCCGGUUGUGACGGCAAUGAGACCCCAAAUUGGUGGUCGAAAACUUCGUCUUACGAAUCGACAACCGAGGCUUCCAGCCGAGGCUCUCCGUACUCGUCCAGUUUCAUCUCCACCGAUAACGACUCGACACUCGACCAUGAGUCGAGCGCGUCUUUUUCCGCAAAUGGGUCCUCCAAUCACCAAAAGCAAGAAGCCAGGCUGGCGGAGGAGGCAGCGCUGGCGCUCAUAGAGGUCGAGAGGGCCAAAUGCCGGGCCGCCCUCGAAGCAGCCGAGAAAGCACAGAGGCUUGCCGAGAGGGAAACACAGAGAAGGAAGCAUGUGGAGAUGAAAGCCAGGCAGGAGACCAUCGAGAAAAACCGGGCCCUCGACUUCCUUUCGCACAACGAUAUUCGUUACAGAAAAUACACCAUCGAGGAGAUUGAGUGGGCCACCAACAAAUUCUCGAGGUCCAUGAAAAUCGGGGAAGGCGGCUACGGCCCCGUUUACAAGGGCAAGCUCGAUCACACCCGGGUCGCCAUCAAGGUCCUCAGGCCCGAUGCUGCUCAAGGGAGGAAACAAUUUCAGCAAGAGGUAGAGGUGCUGAGCAUCAUGAGGCACCCGAACAUGGUCCUUCUAAUGGGGGCUUGCCCCGAAUACGGGUGCCUCGUUUACGAGUACAUGAACAACGGGAGCCUCGAGGACCGACUCUUCCGAAAAGGAAACACUCCCCCAAUCCCGUGGGCCCUACGCUUCAAGAUCGCGGCCGACAUAGCAACGGGCCUACUUUUCCUCCACCAGGCCAAGCCCGAGCCACUGGUCCACCGAGACCUCAAGCCCGCUAACAUACUCCUCGACAGACACUACACUUGCAAGAUAAGCGAUGUGGGCCUGGCCCGACUAGUCCCACCUUCCGUGGCCGAUACAGUUACCCAAUACCACAUGACAUCAGCUGCCGGGACUUUUUGCUACAUCGACCCGGAAUAUCAGCAGACGGGCAAGCUAGGGACGAAAUCGGACAUUUAUUCGUUGGGUGUUAUGCUGCUGCAGAUUAUCACGGCCCGCCCGCCGAUGGGCCUGACCCACCAAGUGGAGCGGGCCAUAGAGAAGGGCACGUUUGGGGAUCUGCUGGACCCAACUGUGCCCGAUUGGCCGGUUGAUGAGGCGCUUGGGUAUGCCAAGCUGGCGCUGCAGUGUGCCGAGCUGAGGAAGAAAGAUAGGCCGGAUUUAGCGAAGGUUAUAUUGCCGGAGCUCAACCGGCUCAAGGAUAUGGGGAUGGAGAAUUUGAACUUCAGUCACAAGAAUCCCAGCUAG